AUGGCCACUGCCGAAUCCGCCGACAAAGCUGUCGAGCUUCUCGAUAAGAAGGAGCUCGAUGGUCGCCCGGUUAUCGUAGAGGUCGCCAAACCUGCUGAUCAGAAAGACAAGGAGAAGAAGCCCAAGAAAUUCAAGAGGAGGCCAGGCCGGCGUGGCAGCAAGUCCGUGCCUGGCGAGAUUAGCGAGGCGGAGGCCAACGGUGAAUCCAAUGGCGAGGCUGAGAAGGCUGAAGGUGCCGUCCCUACUACGGACGAGGCCGCUAAGCCUAAGAAAAAGAAGAAAAACAACCGCAAGAAGACUCGUAAAGCGACUUCAGCUGCUGAAGGUGAUGCUGCAGCGGCCACAGAGACACCUGCGGCUGCCGAAGAUGGCGCUCCCGAGGCGGCUGCACCCAAAAAGCCUCGUGCUCGGAAGCCCAGGGCUCCUCGUCCUACCCGUCCCGCUGGCGAAGACCCCGUUGGAGAGCCGUCCAAGAGCGUUUUGUUCGUUGCGAAUCUGGGUUUCAGCGUCGACGAUGCUGGCCUUGCCGCUCUCUUCACGGAUGCCAACAUUCCUGUCACUUCCGCUCGCAUUGUCCGCCGUCGGUGGGGUAAGCCCCGCAGGAGCAAGGGUUACGGCUUUGUUGACGUUGGUGACGAGGACAACCAGAAGAAAGCCAUCGAGCUCUUGCAGGGCAAGGAGGUUGAGGGAAGGGCCAUUGCCGUGAAGAUCGCGGUCAACUCUCAAGCAGAGGAGGCUGCUGAAGGUGAAGCAGCUCCUACUGACAAUAAGGUUGUGCGCGAAACCACCCCCGAGGCGACUGUUGUAGCUUCUUAA